AUGACACCCACACCAACUGUAACUCUCAACACCGGGGCCAGCAUGCCUAUCGUAGGCUUGGGGACAUGGAGGGCAGAUGCGGGCAAGGUAGCAGAGGCAGUGAAAGCGGCCAUCUCUGCAGGCUACAGACACAUAGACGGAGCCUACUAUUACCAGAAUGAGGAUGAGGUCGGGGAUGGCAUUCACACCAUGAUUGGCCAGGGGGUGGUGAAGAGAGAGGAGCUUUUCGUCGUCAGUAAGCUGUGGUGUACUCUCCAUCAGAAGUCUAUGGUGAAGGGAGCCUGUCAGAAGACUCUGAGUGACCUCAGACUGGACUACCUGGACCUCUACCUAAUACACUCCCCGAUGUGCUUUCAGCCUGGAGAGAAUCUAUUUCCUUUUGGUGAAGACGGACAAGUAAUCGCAGGUGACAGCAACUUCCUGGACACUUGGGAGGCUAUGGAGGAGCUGGUGGAUGCUGGACUGGUCAAGGCUAUCGGUGUCUCCAACUUUAACAAAGACCAGAUUGAAUCCAUCCUGAACAAGCCAGGCCUCAAGUAUAAACCUGCCAACAUACAGGUUGAAUGCCACCCCUAUCUGACUCAGGAGAAGCUGAUCAACUACUGUCACUCUAAAGGCAUCUCAGUGACAGCCUACAGCCCUCUGGGCUCCCCAGACAGACCAUGGGCAAAACCUGGUGAGCCGUCCCUGCUUGAGGACCCAAAGAUAAAGGCCAUCGCUGUUAAGCACAAUAAGACCACAGCACAGGUCCUUAUCCGCUUUCAAAUCCAGAGGAAUGUGAUUGUCAUUCCCAAGUCGGCUACGCCCUCCCGGAUCAAGGAAAAUUUCCAGGUGUCCGAUUUCAAGUUAAGUCCCGCAGACAUGAAAGUCAUCCUUGGUUUCAACAGGAACUGGAGAGGAUUCGCUAUGGAAUGGGGCAACAAGCACAAAGACUUCCCUCUGCAUGCAGAGUACUGAAACCUCAGAGUGGAACUGGAGCUAAAGACAGAGAAAGGACACUGACCUGACACCCAUUCCUAGUGCCCGUCUUCCUGUCUGUGAAAAACACUGGGGACAUACAGCGAGAAGUCCAGUAGUUGUAUAUAGACUCAACCACUACUUUGACAUUGUUCAUGAGAGACAGGAAAGUUCAGGAGGCGAACAGAAC